AUGUGUAUUGAUGAGGCUCCUUGUAAGGGCAGAGGAUUGGUCCGACCCAACACCCGCAAAUCCACGACCAAGGUUACCAAGAAGAAGCAGACGAAAACGGCCCCUCCCAUCGGCUUGGUGCGUGACUUCCCAUGCCGCCCCUGCGUCACACUCGCCACCAAGGCCCCCGGCCAUGAAUGUGCCUCCCAAGACAAUAACGUACAUGAUAAGUACUUUACCCCGCUAUGCCCAGUCAAAAAGUACCAAAGUGAUCGGCUCGCUUGUUUGAUCGACUCGCUUAUCAUGUACGUUACUGGUGCCGCGUGCUGGGACUGCGCAAAGAACGGUCACACCUGCAGGCCGGUCCCGGUUGGUGCUCUUGCUGCUGUGCGCGCCUUUUGGGAGCUGAAUCGGCAGCUCAAGCCACAACAAUUACGAGCUUGCGGUAGUGGUGCGGCUCUUCCUGCCGCUCCAGGACCAGCUUCCGCUUUGGCUUUGUUCGGCGAGAUAGCUGAGAGAAGCCCCGAGGAGCGAAAGAUCAUGGCGCUGGAGACUAUCGCUGAGGCUGCUCGGCUCUGGAUUCAGCUCAAUAAGCCGGACGAAGAGGACGAGGAGGACGAGGAAGAGAUGGAAGAGGACAAUUGA